AUGAAACUGCCCAGCGGACUCACGGUUAAAUACGUCUCGACUGAUGCCAUCGAGAACAGUGUGGAUUUGACAAAAAUUGAUAUGUGUGACGCUCACGGACAAGAACAUUCACUAGAACAUUUCCACUGGAAAGACUGGCCUGAUCGAGGUGUACCCGCUUCGACGACGUUGUCUAUCUUCCGUCUUCUUCGCAAGGUUCUCAUCUUAGCUAAGACAUUUUAUACGAAAGAGUCCCAAAGACAGUGA